UCUCUCUUUCCUACCAUUGCCACCUCUCCAUCCUCAUCACCAAACUUAAGUUCAACCAGCAACUGAAUCACCUCCACCAUCAAACCUCAGACGACAACAAUCAUGCCUUCCUUCACCGUCUUCAAGGGCGCCAAAGAUGGCAAGGUGAAGAAGAGCGAGGUCUUCAAGCCUGAGCUCACCGGCGACCAAGUCCUCCUAAAGGUCACUGCGUCAGGACUUUGCGGGACUGACAUGCACUAUCGCACAGUCGACAUGGCUCUCGGCCACGAAGGCGUCGGCACCGUCGAGCAAGUCGGCCCACAAGUCACCCACCUCAAGAAAGGCGAUCGUGUCGGCUGGGGCUACGAGCACAACUCGUGCGGGCACUGCCAACAAUGCCUCCGCGGAAACGAGACCUACUGCCCGGAACGCGCCAUGUACGGCUCCGCCGACUUGGAUCAAGGCUCCUUCGCUACGAACGGAGUAUGGCGUGAGGCCUUCCUCUUCAAGAUCCCCGACAGCUUGAGCGACGAGGUCGCUGCUCCGCUCAUGUGUGGUGGCGCUACUGUGUUCAACGCGCUACACAUGUACAACGCCCAGCCCACCGAGACGAUCGGCAUUAUUGGCGUUGGCGGACUCGGUCAUCUGGCCAUCCAGUUUGCAAACAAGAUGGGCGCACACGUCGUCGUGCUGUCAGGCUCCGACAGGAAGAAGGACGAGGCCAUGAAGCUAGGUGCGCACGAGUUCAUCGCCAUCAAGGAUGUCAAGGAGAUCAAGACAUCUCGUCCGCUUGACAGGCUCCUGGUUACGACAUCAGCACAACCGGACUGGAAAAAACUGGUGCCUGCUCUGGCUCCUGGCGCAACGAUCCACCCGCUUUCCGUGGACGAAGGCGACUUCUCCAUCCCCUACAUGCCCAUGUUGGCGCAGGGUCUCACGAUCCAGGGCUCCGUCGUAGCUUCGAGGUACAUCCAGAACCGCAUGCUGGAGUUUGCCGCGCUACACAAGAUUGAGCCGAUUAUCGAGAAGUUCCCGAUGACCGAGGAGGGUAUCAACGAGGCUAUGGACAAGCUUGGCGAAGGCAACAUUCGCUACCGCGGUGUGUUCACUGCGCAGUAG